CAACAUGAACAGAUGUAGCACUUCCAAGUGCUCGCGUCUGCAGAGAGAAAAGUCCAAGGUUUAUUUCUCCUUUUGGGUCUGUUUGCCAUGAAUCCUGCUUCUCCAGGAAUUCAGAAGCUGCCCUCAUAACUAAGACUGACUUUCCCCUUUCUCCUGCAGCUAAUCUAGUUACCAGAGGACUUCAAAGCUGUUUGCAAAUGCUAACUUUGUAAGUUCUUGCCUACUGCUUCGGGGUAGGUAGAGUGUAAGGGUUAACCUACGAGUUGUAUAUGGAUAAAUUAGACACAGUCACAGAUCUGCAGGGAAAAAUAUAAUAAUAACCAUUGGAAAAGCGGGAUUAAUCAUCAAACUGAGCUAUCCAGUCAUAUUUCUUCUCCAGGGAGAUUUCAAAUAGAAGAUGUAAAUUUUGGUAGUUAGAUAAAAUGUCUCAGAUUUAAGUGAAAGCCACAAAAGUCACGUGUCAUCUGCUUUUCCUGAACAACAGUCUCUGCUGAAAUAUUAGUUCUGCCACCUACAAGACAAGUGAAGGCUGAGGAUGAUAAAUCCGUCUCGGAAGUCGCUGAGUUUGUUAGGUAUAAAAGCCAAGACUUCAACUGAGGUCUUCGCACUGACAUGUGCGUUAGCCCCACACUGGGUAUCGCUGGACGAUCACGUACUGCAGGAGGAAGAUACAGGCGGCCAGUGUCUUCUCUGCUUUCUGGGUUGGUGACUUUGAACUUGCUACAGCUCCCACGCCCGCAGCGAGCAGAGUUGCCAAGCAAGUGUGCCGGCUUCCAGAAGCGUGAGCUGCCCGUUGGCGCUGGGGAACCACCCCGGUGUCCCCAUCCUCCGCGCUGCUGCAGAUUGGUGGGGCAGCCCGGGGAGGCUGGCUCCCAGACGUGACUGAGCGUGCCUACACUGGUCCCACAGGUUUUCAGCUGUGGAGUCUGGGAUCUGAGCUUGGAGCCCAUUUGUUUCUGGCAGUUCGGUUCAUAUUUUCCACUUGAAGACAUCACUUCCCUUCCCUCCAAGCUGGGAGACCAGAAGUCAACAACAGGAGGGUGGAGAGGCCAGAUCUCACAAUCCGCUUGGCUGGGGAGUCCGCUGAGGUUCUUGCAUCCUGAAGCAAACUAUGGAGAGCUGGUGGGGACUUCCUUGUCUUGCGUUCCUGUGUUUUCUAAUGCACGCCCGAGGUCAAAGAGACUUUGACUUGGCGGACGCCCUUGAUGACCCCGAACCCACCAAGAAGCCAAACUCAGAUAUCUACCCAAAGCCGAAACCACCUUCCUACCCACAGCCCGAGAAUCCCAACAGCGGUGGAAAUAUCUACCCAAGGCCAAAGCCACAUCCUCAACCCCAGCCUGGCAAUCCCGGCAACAGUGGAGGUUACUUCAAUGAUGUGGACCGUGAUGAUGGACGCUACCCGCCCAGGCCCAGGCCGCCUGCAGGAGGUGGCGGCGGUGGCUACUCCAGUUAUGACAACUCCGGCAACACACAUGGUGGAGAUCACCAUUCGACGUAUGGCAAUCCAGAAGGCAAUAUGGUAGCAAAAAUCGUGUCUCCCAUCGUAUCUGUGGUGGUGGUGACACUGCUGGGAGCAGCAGCCAGUUAUUUCAAACUAAACAACGGGAGAAAUUGUUUCAGGACCCGUGAACCAGAAAAUGUCUGAAGACGUUGAGAUCCCCUGAUUACUUUGAGAAAAACAACUAAAACAAGAACCCUGUUUAUCACUGUUGUGGAAAUUUCCUUUUAUUCUUGACACAAUUUGAUGACCUAAAGUGUGUUUUCUUCUGUGUGAAGUACGUGAGCUGCCUCACUAAGCAUUCCCAACUCAUUGGAUGUGAUGUGGUUAUAGAGAUAAAUUAGGCAGCUAGACCCUGCAUUCUAAAAAAGGAUUGCUUGAUCUGUUGGUUUGGCCAUUCAUUUGCACAAAGAGACUGUGGCUCUCUGUUCUGAGAUCUUCAGCUACCUCAUGGUGCAAUAACACACACAUGCUUAACCAUGUUGAUGGCACAAAGCAGUGAGCAGUAGGGAGGCAGAGUAUCUUGGUGGGGAGGGGAUGCUAUCAGCUUCUGGGAGAUGGAGAAUAUCGUUGAGUUUCCAAAGAUACUGGGCCUGUGCUAAAUUCUUCAGUGUUAUAAAAAAUCAUUGAGCAUUCACUAUUGCGAAUGAAGUGGGGAUGCAUUAUUUCUGACACCCACAAGCAGGGUUUGAGCAUCCUUUCAGCUUUGAUGUAUCUGCUCAUAAAAUUAUUAUUACCUAAAGAAAAUAAGGCUGCAUUUUGAAAUGCUAAGUGCAAAGCGAAUGAUGUUAAAACCAUCUGGGGGAAAUCUUGGGAUACUUUUUCCUAGAAAAUCACAUGGUUUUGAUAUGUUUUGGCAGAUAGGAGACAGAAAUGGUGAUUAUCAGGUGUUGAGUCCUUUUGUAGUAUUUGUAGUCUUUGAUACUCUGUAAGUACUGGUUCCUAAGGCAACAACAUUGCAUUCCUUGGUUUAUACUUUUUCUAUUCACCAGAGUAGGAAAUCUUAAAUCCUUAGGCAUCCAAGAAGUAUACUAGCUUUUUGCUUCUCUUUUAGAAAUACUUGUGGGGAGAGAAAAAAGGAUGGUUUGGGCAUAUUGGUAUAGUUUGAGGAAACUAAGGUUAAUGUUCAUGUAACAUUUAGACUUUGCCAUAAAUAUCAGAACCAAAGAUUGAGACAUUCAUGUAGAGUCUGGAAUGUAUAUACGGGACCCAUAAAACUUCCCAGUAUACAUGUUUUAUGCUCACCAAUAUGAACUGGGGUCUUCAAAGAAAGAAGGUUGAAAGUGGAAAGCCCUUGAAAGAGCUCCCCAAUUUGUAAAAUAUCUUUAAUCAUUCACGUUAGGGAUCUCAGAGCUGUGGGUCUCAGAUUGUGGAUUCAUGCAUCCUUUGUGCAAUUUGAAGAUAGUCCGUAUUUCCUAUUUCAGUAUUAGGUCCUGCAACACUCUUGUAGAAGGUGUUUUCAGGAGUGGUGAUGUCUGAUGCUCAAUUACUAUUUUCUCUAUAAGAGUUUCAGCGUAAGCUUAAUUAAAUUCUUGUGAAAAAGCCUCUGUGUUUUUAGUUGUAUAUACACACACAUACCUACUUAAAUGGAAUCUAAACAUUUUUAGCCUUUAAUCCAUUCCAUUUUCUAAAACUGUCAUAAACCAUUUUUGAUCAUUUUAAAUAAAUGUAAAAGAAAAAAUAACUGGAUUUGAUUAUUGCAUAGUUUUUUCUAUAUUUCACAAAUAAAUUUUAUGAAAUGGCUGUAGAAGUGGCCCCAAAAUUAUGAACCUUCAUAGCUGUGAAUAAUAUGCAACAAAUCUCUUUUAAAGCUCAAGAUAGAUUAUGAACAUAUGAAAUACAUAGAGUUACCUAAUAAUGAGAUAAAAUUCACCUGGGGGACAAGGAUAAUGUUCAACCUACUUAAAAUGAAAAUAUUUGAAUAAUGACUGCUUGGGGGAACCUCUCUGAGGGGUCAUGAGGAUCACCUGUUGGGUAUUCUGUUUUCAUGCUGAGAAGGUGAGAAUUGAACAGAUGAGAAAAGCCUUGAUAAAAUGUCAUCUCCAUGUGUUUUAGAGAAGGAUAACCUUGAUUGUACAGUUGACCCUUGAACAACACAGGGUGAACUGCAUAGGUCCACCUAUAUGUGAAUUUGCUUCUGGCUCCGCCAUUACUGAGACAGCAGGACCAACCCUCUGUGUACUCAAUGUGAAGCUGAUAAGGGUGAAGACCUUUAUGGUGAUCCACUUCCACUUAAUAAAUAGGAAACUCAUUAA